AACAAAAGUUGUGAGAAAUUCCAUAUAUAAGUUGAGCAAAACGCCAUCUGCAUUUAAAUUGCCCAUUCUCCAUCCCUUUUCUUCUUAUUAUUGUUUCAUUUUUUUCGGCCGUUAUUUUCUGUUGCAAAUCUCAACUCUCUUGUGCAACAUGAACCAAUACGGCCAUCAUCAACCACCAGUGGGAUAUCCUCCACAAACCCCUCCAUAUCCAGGGGAGGUUUAUCCUCCACCACCACAAUGGCAAUCCUAUCCGCAAGGGUACAGUCAAGGUCCUUUUGUUGCUCCACCUCCAGUAGGGCCUCCUAUGAAAAAUGGUUUUGGCUACCCCCAUCAACCGCCACCGCCACCACCUCCCCACCAACCGCCGCCGCCGCCGCCUCCCCGCCACAAGUGUGGGUUUUGCAAGGGAUGUUGUGCUGCCUUGUGUUGCUGCUGCCUUUUGGAUAUUUGCUUUUAGAGAUCUUCUGUGUGAAUCUUAUAAUGGAUAUCAUUCUUUUUUACAGCUAUAAACUAUUCAUUGUCCACUUAUUUAUUACGAGCAUUUGGUGGUAGACUAAAAAUGUAUCCUAGUAUG